GGAGGGGCUUGUGAGUUGCGCGCGCAAGCUCCCUCCAUUCUCCCGUUUCCCGUGGUUCAGCUCGUGCAUCACGGCGCGUGGCCGGCCUCAGUGCUCCGAGCGGACAUGGCGAUGCACGUGCCCAAGGCCCCGGGCUUUGCCCAGAUGCUGAAAGAAGGCGCUAAGCAUUUUUCAGGAUUAGAAGAAGCUGUAUUUAGGAACAUACAGGCAUGUAAGGAGCUUGCCCAAACAACCCGUACUGCUCUUGGACCAAAUGGAAUGAACAAAAUGGUUAUCAAUCAUCUUGAGAAGCUUUUCGUGACAAACGAUGCUGCAACUAUCUUAAGGGAGUUGGAGGUCCAACACCCUGCUGCAAAAAUGAUUGUAAUGGCUUCCCAUAUGCAAGAGCAAGAAGUUGGAGAUGGAACAAACUUUGUCCUUGUUUUUGCUGGAACCCUUCUUGAGCUAGCAGAGGAACUUCUGAGGAUGGGACUUUCAGUUUCAGAGGUGAUAGAAGGUUAUGAAAAAGCUUGCAAGAAAGCCCUAGAAAUUCUUCCUGACUUAGUAUGCUGUUCUGCAAAGAAUCUGCAUGAUGUUGAAGAAGUGGCAUCUUUGCUGCACACCUCAGUAAUGAGUAAACAAUAUGGCAAUGAAAUCUUCCUGGCAAAGCUUAUUGCUCAGGCAUGUGUAUCUAUUCUUCCUAAUUCUGGUCAUUUCAAUGUUGACAGCAUCAGAGUAUGCAAAAUUUUGGGCUCUGGUAUCUCUGCCUCUUCAGUCCUGCAUGGUAUGGUUUUUAAAAAAGAAACUGAAGGAGAUGUUACUUCUGUCAAAGAUGCCAAAAUAGCUGUGUAUUCCUGUCCUUUUGAUGGCAUGAUAACUGAAACUAAGGGCACUGUAUUGAUAAAAACUGCUGACGAACUUAGGAAUUUCAGCAAGGGAGAAGAAAAUCUAAUGGAUCUGCAAGUCAAGGCAAUUGCUGAUGCUGGUGCAAAUGUUGUAGUAACAGGUGGCAAAGUGGCAGACAUGGCACUUCAUUAUGCCAAUAAAUACAAUCUUAUGUUAGUCAGGUUGAACUCAAAAUGGGAUCUCAGGAGGCUGUGUAAAACGCUUGGCGCUACCGCUCUUCCCAAAUUGAUUCCACCUACAUUAGAAGAAAUGGGUCAUUGCGACAGUGUUUAUUUGUCAGAGGUUGGGGAUACACAAGUAGUUGUGUUUAAGCAUGAAAAGGAAGAUGGUGCCAUUUCUACCAUAGUAAUCCGUGGAUCUACAGAUAAUCUAAUGGAUGACAUAGAGAGAGCUAUAGAUGAUGGUGUUAAUACUUUCAAAGUACUCACUAGGGAUAAACGUCUUGUUCCUGGUGGUGGUGCAACAGAGAUUGAGUUGGCCAAGCAGAUAGCAUCUUAUGGAGAGACAUGUCCUGGGCUUGACCAGUAUGCUAUCAAGAAAUUUGCUGAGGCAUUUGAAGCCAUUCCUCGAGCACUAGCAGAAAAUUCGGGAGUAAAGGCCAAUGAGGUUCUCUCCAAACUUUAUGCAGUGCACCAAGAAGGCAACAAAAAUGUUGGAUUUGAUAUUGAGGCUGAAACUGCAGCUGUGAAGGAUAUGUUGGAAACUGGUGUGUUAGAUACAUAUCUUGGAAAACACUGGGGUAUUAAACUGGCUACAAAUGCUGCAGUGACUGUGCUCAGAGUAGAUCAGAUUAUUAUGGCAAAACCAGCGGGCUGUCCAAAAGCCCCUAAACAACAAGGACACUGGGAUAAGGAUGAAUGGAAAGAUUAACCUGAAAAAUAGCGAGCUGUAAAAUCAGUGGAACUGGUUAUAUUGAGUUGAGAGACACGUCUGUUGCAUGAAUGUAUCCACACUCAGCACAGAGCUAAUAUGUAUUGUUGGCUUUCAAGGGCACGUGUGCGAGCAGUUUCACCUUUUUAACAACCUAUUUGAAAUACGAUUUGUGGCAGAUUGCUGUGCUGUAGUGAAUUCAUCUUAUUUACUGAAACUAAAUUGUGCGGUGCUACUUGAGAGAGGCGUAGCUGCCAUUUUUGGAAGUCUGCCUAUGCUGGGAAAUCCUGAUGUCAGGGAUUUAAAAUAGAUUUUCAGUUUAUUCAGAUUUUGUGCAUUACAGAUUAUCUUUAAACUCUUCCUGUAAUAUAUUGCAUGUGUUCAGUAACCCAGUCACUCUCUGACAAACUAACUAGAUAUUAAACAGAUCUUUCUUAGAUGUGAAAGUGUACAGCUUGAAUCCCCCUCUCCCUUUUAAAAAAGGUAACUGAGGGAAUACUGAAAUUGUAUUGGGGAAAACAGCAUCUUAUGAUGUGCCAACUUGCAAUAUAGUUGCAGAAAUAUCGGACACACCCAAUGGCAAAAGCUUGUCUGUUAAAAUGUACAAAAGUAACAGAUCUGCAUAAGUUUAGUGAAUGCUGCUCAAACUGCAUGUCUCAAGCUAU